UGCCAGCCAUCAGUGCUCAUCAGUGUCACGUGCCAGUGCCCAUCAGUGCCACAUCAAUGCCACCCAUCAGUGCCAGUCAGUGCCACCUAUCAAUGCCAAUCAGUGCCACCUAUCAGUGCUGCCAAUCAGUGCCACCUAUCAGUUCCAGUCAGUGUCGCCUAUCAGUGUGCAUCAGUGCCGCCUAUCAGUGCCAGUUAGUGACGCCUAUCAGUGCCAGUCAGUGCUGCCUAACAGUGCCAGUCAGUGCCGCCUAUCAGUGCCAGUCAGUGCUGCCUAUCAGUGCCAUAUAUCAGUGCCAUAUAUCAGUGUCAUGUAUCAAUGCUGCCUUUCAGUGCCCAUCAGUGAUGCCUGUCAAUGCCCAUCAGUGCAACCUACCAGUGCCUCCUCAUCAGUACCCAACAGUGCCACCUAUCAGUGUUCAUCAGUGCAGCCUAUCA